AGGCGGAGCGAAAGGACUUUUUUUUUUCCUUGCUCCCGCCCCUCUUCUUCCCCUACCUGCCACGUACUGGUCCUGAGCUCUCGCUAGGCUUGGUGGGUCCGUGCGAUUGGCCGGGGCUCGCGCGAGCCUACGAGCGAGGUGCAGUAGUUACGGAGGGCCGCCGAGUGGGCCGUGACCGCAGCUGCCCCAGAGGCCCCAGAGGCCCCAGAGUCCCCAGAGUCCGGAGGCUCUGAGCCGGUCCAGUCAGCGGAGACCCGCGGAGAGGCGGCAGCGCGUCCGCGGCAAGCCGGAGAUGACUGCACUAACGGGACAAACUUUGGAAAGAAGCCCUGGUACCUGGCCCUGGGGAGUUUACAGUCCAUAGGAAACACCAAGGAAUACGUGAAUUUGCAGGCAAACAUGGCAGAUACAAAGUGGAGGAGACUAAUGUUUUCAGAUCCAUUGUCUUUUUCUAGAGUUGUAUAUAUCUAACAUCCUGGAGUCCACCAUGAAUGGACAGUUGGACCUAAGUGGGAAGCUAAUCAUCAAAGCUCAACUUGGGGAAGAUAUUCGACGAAUUCCCAUUCAUAAUGAAGAUAUUACUUAUGAUGAAUUAGUGCUAAUGAUGCAACGAGUUUUCAGAGGAAAACUUCUGAGUAAUGAUGAAGUUACAAUAAAGUAUAAAGAUGAAGAUGGAGAUCUUAUAACAAUUUUUGAUAGUUCUGACCUUUCCUUUGCAAUUCAGUGUAGUAGAAUACUGAAACUGACAUUAUUUGUUAAUGGCCAACCAAGACCGCUUGAAUCAAGUCAGGUGAAGUAUCUCCGUCGAGAACUCAUAGAACUUCGAAAUAAAGUGAAUCGCUUAUUGGAUAGUUUGGAACCACCUGGAGAACCGGGACCUUCCACCAAUAUUCCUGAAAAUGAUACUGUGGAUGGUAGGGAAGAAAAGCCUGCUGCUUCUGAAUCUUCUGGAAAACAGUCUACUCAGGUUAUGGCAGCAAGUAUGUCAGCUUUUGAUCCUUUAAAAAACCAAGAUGAAAUCAAUAAAAAUGUCAUGUCAGCGUUUGGCUUAACAGAUGAUCAGGUUUUAGGGCCACCCAGUGCUCCUGCAGAAGACCGUUCAGGAACGCCUGACAGCAUUGCUUCCUCCUCUUCUGCAGCUCAUCCGCCAGGAGUUCAGCCACAACAGCUCCCAUAUACAGGAGCUCAGACGCAAGCAGGUCAGAGUGAAGGGUCGAUGUACCAACAGUACCCUCAACAGGCCGGUUAUGGCGCUCAGCAGCCGCAGGCACCACCUCAGCCACCACAGCAGUAUGGUAUUCAGUACUCAGCAGGCUAUAGUCAGCAGACUGGACCCCAACAACCUCAGCAGUUCCAGGGAUAUGGCCAGCAACCAACUUCCCAGGCCCCAGCUUCUUCCUUCUCUGGUCAGCCUCAGCAACUGCCUGCUCAACCGCCACAGCAGUACCAGGCGAGCAGUUACCCUCCACAUACUUAUGCUACCCAAACUUCUCAGCCUACUAAUUACACUGUAGUCCCCGCUUCACAACCUGGAAUGGCUCCAAGCCAACCCGGCUCCUAUCAGCCAAGACCAGGUUUUACUCAGCCUCCUGGAAGUACCAUGACCCCUCCUCCAAGCGGGCCUAACCCUUAUGCACGUAAUCGUCCUCCCUUUAGUCAGAGCUAUACCCAACCUGGACCUGGUUAUCGAUAAAGAGGCUCAGCUACGCUGAUGAACGUAGCUGCUUGCUCUUUGCCUCCCAAAAGACUCCAAUGCUACUAUUUUAUUUUAGUUUGUAUUGAAGUUAAGAAAUUUAAAAAGAGCAUUUUUUAUGAUAUCAUUGUUGCCGUUAAUUGAAAGUAUAAUUUGCUAGAACACAAACAAAGACCAAAAUGAAAGUUUUUUCCUCCCCUGCUUAAAAGUGUAGCAGCUUUCUAGUAAUUUUGGAACACUACUCUUAUGUGUAUGUAAAGUGAUUGAUUUUCUAGCUUGCCUUGUCCAGAGGUUAUUAAAAUGCUAGGUUGAAGUUGGCUUUUUACUAUUAACAUGAUGUACUAAAAGUAGAUCUCUUUGAGGAGACAACUAGAUAUUAUGUAUAAAAUGAAACAGUGAUAGGUUAAUAAAGAUGAUUGAAUCCAUUUAGUGGUCUUGUAAUUUAACUUAGUCACUAACAUUAUAUAUACAUGAGAAAAAAAAAGCAAGAAAAAAAAUCCUUAAUUGAUGUUUUUUCAAAAUGAAGUACAGAUGGUUCAGAGAAACACAGUGCUGUUUGAUUUUGGUCUUGACUUGAAAGAAAUGCAUUUAACAGUCAUUGGCUUAAAACAAUGAACUUUAAAAUAGAUGUCAUGGGAAGAUAGAUGUCAUGGGAAGACACAAGAGAUGCAGUUUUAGAAGUUACAAGGGGGUUUUGGUAGAUCCUGAAUAACUGUGAUUUUUCCUUGUAGAGAUGAACCAUUCAGAAAUAAAGAACUCAACCUUAAAAAAACAAACUACAUUUCUUUAUUGCAGAGUUUCUACUUGUUUGAAACGUACAAAAUGUAGCACUGGUAAAAUUGAAGCAUGUUGAC